CUGUGAUUGGUGGAUGGUCCAGGAGUUCAACCUUCCCCAUUCAGGAUUUUCGGGAAAUCCCCGAAACGUGGAGCUGCUUGCAUCAAAAUAUUGUUUCCUCUGUCGCAGAUUGCAAGCGACCACGAACGACUGAUCGAUUUUGAUCUUUUUUAGAAAGGGUGCAACCUAAAGACUUACACAACAUUACUCUACAGGAGGCGAGACCCUGUCGCCUUCCUGUCUCCAGACUCCUUCAGCACCACCUAAAAUUACCGGGCGAGCAGCUGAGAGAAUGAACGGGGAACACCAGAUGGAAGAGCUGUUGGACAACUUUGCCCUGAGCCAAGGCUCCUUUCAGAAGCUGUGGGAGAACAUUCCUCUAAAGACUACUGACAGUCCAACUCCCACCAGAAACUGGGAAGAAUUUAAUGUUACGCUCAUACCUGAUGAUGCUCUCCAUGAGGGUUUUGACGAAGGCCUCUUUGAGCUGCCUAGCACCCAGGAGUUCUCGGGAUCACCUGUGGACAACAUGCCACCCCCGACCUCCACCGUGCUGUCCACUGUCGACCACCCAGGCCAGCACAACUUCCAACUGAGCUUCCAGGAUUCCGGCAUCGCCAAGUCUGUCACUUCCACUUUCUCCCAGCAACUGAAUAAACUGUACUGCCAGCUGGCUAAGACUUGUCCCAUCGAGGUGCUGGUGGCUGUGGAGCCCCCCCAGGGAGCCAUCCUCCGGGCUACCGCCGUCUACAAGAAGGCGGAGCACGUGGCCGAGGUGGUCCGCCGCUGCCCCCACCACCAGAAGGUGGCCGAGAACAACGAAGGCGUGUCCCACCGCAGUCACCUAAUCCGAGUGGAGGGGAACCAGCAGGCUCAGUAUGUGGAGGAUGAACACACCGGGAGGCAGAGCGUCACAGUGCUGUACGAGCCCCCCCAGCUGGGCUCUGAGGUGACCACCCUGCUGCUUAACUACAUGUGCAACAGCAGCUGCAUGGGUGGGAUGAACCGUCGGCCCAUCCUGACCAUCCUGACCCUGGAGACACCCGAGGGCCAAGUUCUCGGGCGCCGCUGUUUCGAGGUCCGUGUUUGCGCCUGCCCCGGACGCGACCGUAAGACGGAGGAGGUGAACGCCAACAAGCCCCAGAACGGCACCAAAACGCCCGGAACCAAGAGAAAGAGCCAGCCAGAACCUGCUACAGAGGCCAAGAAAGUCAAGAGCACCAACUCUGGUUCCGAAGAUGACGACGUCUUUGUCCUCCGCGUUCAUGGAAGAGAGCGCUAUGAGUGGCUGAAAAAGGUCAACGAUGGACUGGAACUGAUGGACCGUAUGCCAGCAGCUGAUGUUGAGAAAGUCAAGCUGAAAAGUCAGAAGACGGCUAAACUCGAGAUGUUGGAGCCAAAGAGUGGCAAGCGACUGCUACUGAAGGACAGCUCUGAGUAGCCACAGAAGCCGCAUGUUGUGUGUGGGCCCAUUGUGACAGCUGGAGCUGCAUGUUGUGUGUGGGCCCAUUGUGACAGCUGGAGCUAAAUGCUACCUACUUAGAGAUAAGUUUGUCCACUAGCACUUUAGGUUAGUUUAAUGAUUUGGCCCUAUCAGUUUCGUACCCAGAAAUGACCAACUAAUAUGCUGACAGCUCUCAUUGGCCAGUUCCCCUAAAGAGUUUUGUUUUGUUUUCUUCUUCGCAUUUAAAAAAUAAAAAAUCUAAAACUAA